GCCGCCAUUUAACCCUCCUGCCGCCGCCGCCGCCGGGCAGUGAGCGCCCGCCCGCCCCUCGGGCAGCGCCGCCGGCGUCUCCUCACGGGAAGGACCGCGCUCGAUCCCCGAUCCCCGGCCGCUCCGCCCGCGGCGUGGAGUUUUAGGUGUUCUUGGAAAACGUGCUGGCACUUUGGAGCUGAAAAAGGACAUGAGGAGUAAAAGGACCCAGGAUCUCACUGGUCAGAAUGAAAUAUAUGUUGAAAGAUUUUUCAAAUCUGUUGUUAGUAGUGCUCUGUGACUACGUUCUCAGCGAAGUGGAGUAUCUCCUGUUGGAGCACCCAGAUCAUGUAGCUUUCAGCAACGACACAGUGUCUGUGGAAUAUCAGUACUACAGUGGUGGUAAUGUGACAGCAGAGCAUGUGUCCAUCCUUUUAUUGGAUGCCAGCACCAGUGAGAUAAUUGCAAGAAAACAGCUUCCUGCAAAUCAGUCCCAGGGGACGGUGGUGUUUGAGUGUUUCCAUUUCAAGAGUGCUGGUGAUUUCUUGUUCAGAAUGGUGUCUCCCAGUGACAACAGCAGUGCUGCCCAGUGGAGCAGAAGCAGCAUGUCCACCCUCCAUGUGGAAUGGCCUGUAUUUCACAUUGAUUUGAACAGGAGUUCAGAGGUGCUUGGGAGCUCCCUUCAGGUUGGACUUUUUACAAAUGAGCAGUUAUGUGCCAUGAACAAGACUGUGAUUUCACUGGAUGUGAUAUUCACCAGCACCCUUUAUGAAUUCAGAAGAAUAUGCUCUGAUGAGACUCUGGGCAUUAGAACUAGCAAAGGAAUCCCCCUGUCAAGGUCCCAGUGGGUAGAGUUUGAUUGCCCACCUGUUGGUCAAGAAAUAUACAUCACUGUGUUACUGAAAUCGUUAGAAACACAUUCCAUCAUUGCCUCCAUAGGACCUGUAGAUCUCCUCCACAAAUUUGGAUACAGACUGGUUGUGGCAGCAGAAGACACAUGCAAAACUUUUGUUCAGGUCUCCAUAAUCUCUCCACCAUGCACUUCUAUCAGUGGAAAAAUCGUUGUUUAUAAAGAGGCUCUCAAGCAUUCGAGUCAAAGAACAACUUGGCUGUAUGAAAACAUCCUUCACCCAGGAGACAACAGGACAGAAUUUAACUGCACUUUGUUUGAUGUGGGGAAGAACAAAUACUGCUUUGACCUCCUCAACUUCUCAAACCGAAGCUAUUUUCCAGCAAGAGUUAAGGAGUGUAUGCUGAUCCAAAGGAAUAUGGAAACGUGGAGCCGGUGGCAGCCCUGGAGCCCGUGCAGUGUCACCUGUGGGGACGGAAUCCGGGAGCGCUUCCGAGAGUGCCUCACCUCCUCGCCGGCAAAACCAGGCUGCGCUGGAUCGCCGAGGGAGACUUCCCUGUGCUCGCUGGAGGAGUGUGUGUCUGUCCAGCCUCCCACCCCACCUUCUGGUCAGCCAGGAGAGGACCAGAAAGCAAAUAAUAUAGUCACCAUCACAGGUAUCUCGCUGUGCUUGUUCAUCAUCUUCGCCACGGUUCUUAUCACUCUCUGGAGGAAGCUCUGCAGAGCUCAGGAGUGCAGCAGCGCUGUCCGACGAAACUCCGUCCAUUCCCCCGGCUUCCGGAAAAACUCAGAUGAGGAGAACAUUUGCCAAGGCAACAAGCAACGGGACAGCUUUGCUGAAGGAGGGGAUGCCCCUGUUAACAUUCCCUUAACCUACAGGCGAAGCCUCCAAUUUGCCCAAGAAGAUGAUGUGUCUGGAAGUGAAAACUUUCAACCAAAUGCCCAAAAAAUAAUCCCUCCAAUUUUCAGCUACCGCCUGGCACAGCAGCAGCUGAAAGAGAUGAAGAAGAAAGGCCUGACGGAGACCACUAAGGUGUACCAUGUCUCUCAGAAUCCUCUCACGGACACGGUUCUUGGUGCCACCACGGUGCUUCCCUUGAGCGGGGAAAACCAAGAGGAGGCAGCGGCAAACAAAUUUCGGAUCAAAUCUCCAUUUCUGGACCAGCCAGCCAGUCAGCCCAAGUUCCUGGGAGAAGGCUCUCACCCUAGGUUGGAUUUUCCAUUCUCACAGGCCAAUCCUGCAGUGAGCCCUACGCAAACCUUGGUAAGAAGAGGUCAUUUCAAGCACCAGGAUAACAGAGUGGACUUGCCUGAGAGGGGCUGUCACAGAAACUCACAGUUCAGAAGAACAGCCAGUUUCCAUGAAACUAAAAAGGCCAGACCUUUCAGAGAGAGAAGCAUGUCGACUCUCACACCUCGACAGACUCCCCUCUACAGCUCCAGGACCAGGACGUGGGAUCAGGGUCUGGAGGACAGGGCACGGCCAAAAUCGAGAAACGCUAAUGCAGCUUGUGAAAAGCUGGAUCAGCCCCACAGCACUGUGCUGGGGUGUGAAGCACAGGGCCAUGGCACAAAGCCCCACCACAGGGCAGGUCCCCCGGUGAGGAAGCUGGACCUGAUCACGGAUCGCCAGCCUACUGGUCAGGAGAAGGCAGCUGAGAAGCCUGAGCCCAGCCGAAGUAAGAGGGGCCCUUCACCUAACCCCAAAGGCGUGUGGCGGAAAGAGACCGGCCCAAAUGGCAAAGAUAAUUCCCAGAGAGGCCUGAGCGUCAGCCCUGCUCAGUAUCGAAGGGACAAGUGCCAGAGCUUCCCCCUGGACCCUGAGUUUGCCUUUUAUGACAAUUCUACUUUUGGCUUAACGGAGGCAGAGCAGCAGAUGAUCGACCUCCCUGGGUAUUUUGGCUCAAAUGAAGAAGAUGAAACAAGUACUCUGAGCAUUGAGAAGCUGGUGAUCUGAGUGACUCAUUGCGGCCCUGCAGGAGUGGCGUGCGUGGGAGAGGAUCUGCAGGAUUGCUUGGCUUCUGGUGAAAGAAGGAGCAGGAAUCACGUUACCUCCACACACAGCAGCAGGGAGUAAUGCCCCAGGUCUGGCUUGUGGGAACAUAUUCCUUUCUAAUUACUGAAAAGUGCUUUCAUAUAAUUAUUUUUUGUAUGUAUGUGUGUACAAGACACACAAAGUACCCUGGGAAAGAAGGCGUUAGUUAAGGUGUUGUGCAGGAAUAGCCAAUAGAUUUUGUUGUGUAAAGCAGUCAUGUUUUGUGCAUUAUACAUGAUGAGUGCCGCUGACAUUUCCCACCUUGUCUGCUGUGUACUGGUACACUCUGAGAUACUGAAGCAUCCACUGUCCAGCACCCUCAGCCAUCUGCCCUGAUUAGUGAAUCAUUUCCCAUCUAGAAAGCACAAAGCUCAAUCUGUGGGCAGUUUUCAUAAUUUUUCUGAUAGUCAUCAGUGAACUGCGUUGAUUUGUAGGUGUUGCUCAAAUAACUCAUAUGGUGGGGGGUGUUUUAGCUGGUUGCAUGAAAGUGCAAACAGUUCCUGCUGAAUACUUGAGUGAAUUUAAAUUGAGGAGACAUUUUCAUCAUUCAAGACUUUGAUAUUUUCUUAUUGCCAAUAUUUAUAUCAAGAGAACCAUGUACAAAUAUUUACAGAAAAUCAGUGCAAAAGGCAUGCUACAGGGAGGGCAAGGAAAACAGAUGAUCAGAUUUUAUUCCUCACAGAAAUGUUACCGCAGCACGUUACCUGUAAAACAGUUGAAUUAUGCAUCCUUUCCUUUAUUAAAAUUUUAAAAUGCAAAUACAUUGACAAUAAUACUACUAUGGCAAGCUCAAAGUAAAUUAUGAACAAAAUCAGCAAACAACAAGAUUAUUUGAUUAAUACGUGUUCUGAAAACAAAAAAUUGAAAUGGCUUGACAAUAUCUGGUGAUUCACAGAGAAUCUUGUAGCAAAAUUUACAUUGGAAAGACCUCUAAAAUAAUUAAGUCCAACCAUUAACGUAACACCAUGUUCACCACUAAACCAUACCUCUUGACUACCACAUCCACACACCUUUUUAACACUUCCAAGGACAGUGAUUCCUGGAAUGCCUGUUCCAAUGCCUGACCACUCUUUCAGUGAGUAAACUUUCCCUCAUAUCAAAUCUAAAUUUCCCCUGGCACAACUGGAGUCCAUUUCCUCUGAUCCUGUCACUUUUUACCUGGGAGAAGGAGCCAACCAACCCCUACCUUGCUACAAUCUCCAAUUGUAGAGAGCAGUAACAGUGAACUACAAAAGCCAUGACGGGCUUUUUUGUUGUGUUUUAAAACCAAACAUCACAAAUUUGACAUUAUUCAGAGUUGGGUUGGAACUGCAGUUAACAGCAGAAGCAGAGCUCAGACCUUGUGAAUGACCAAGACUUUCCUUGCCAUUUGUUAGGAUAACCAUCUCUCUGGAGACUUUGCAAAGACCAGGGGAAUGCUAGUGGGCAGAAACAAGAAAAGAGGAGGUGCUGCCCAUGGAGGUUGGUGUAAGAAAGGAAAGGUUUAGGCAGUGGAUUAGACUGAAAUCAACUCUCCCCUAAGGAGCCUAACCCUUCAUGCCCUUUAACCUGCCUUGUGGGUGUGAAAGCAAAAUGAGCAUGUGCUCCAUUGUCAUGAAGGAGGCUGCUGUCUUUCUCAAAACUGGCUUUCUGAGCAGAGAGAGAUUCCCAAUCCCACACUUCUUCCCCCCAGCCCUGCGCCCCCACAAACCAACAGCAAGGAAGAGCAGCAUUGCUGUGUGUAAGCAAUGGCACCCCACUGCAGUGUCCAAAGCUGGCACAGGUAGCUUGACAGGCACACAGUGUUACCUGCUGUGACAACAUAGGAGGAGCAAGACUCAGCAUUUGGCUACCAGAGUCAAAUCUGGUUGUUUGAAUGGCCUUUCUGAUGGGUAAUGCUUUGCAGCUGCUGCUGGAGUGAGGGAUCCCACUCUCUGGGUGAUGUGAGCUCCCCCUUUCCCCGGAGCCGUGUCAAGCCCUUGGCCCUUCGUGGUGUUGGUACUAGUGAUGCAUUCCCAUAAACUGUCAGCUUGAAAAGCUGUUUAAAGCAUCUAAGAACAUGUUCUCACUUGCAGAGUUAUCCAAAGGCAAUCAAAUGUAAUGAGUCUUUAAAUUGACUUAAAUGAGCUGGAAAGCAGACCUCUGAAACAAUUGCAGCUCGGGUUACUUACCCUGCCUGUACUAAGGUAAGGUCUGUGGUGUGAAGUACCUUCUCCCUGAAGCAGCGAUCCAUCAUCAUUGGAGCUGCAGGGCUACAGUAUCUGUUUAAGCUUUGUUGAGCCUCUCAGCAUGGGAGAGAGACCCUGUGGGAGAUCAAAUGUGCAGGGCAACAGCAUUCAGCAAGCAUUCCCCUAAACCUUCAGCGGGAGGGAUUGGAGCUUGGCGUAGCCCUCAGAUCCAGUAAUACUCAGCUAGUGGCAUUCUACCCUGUUUAUUAAGAUUAAAGGUGGUUCUGAAAUGCUUCCUGAGGUUUCCUGUGGGAUUUGCAGGUGCCUGCACAAAGCCCUGUUACCCUUGCAUCUCAGAGGAGCUUUCCUUUGUCACAGGAGGACAGAGAAGGGGCAACAUCGCUCUUAAUCAGUGGUGCUUUCUGCAAAGUUGUCCUGGUGUUAGGCUGUAUUAUGCUUUAGAUGUACUUAACAUAAGUUUUACACCACAGACAGCAGGGCAAACCCCUUCCCUCCCAGCUUGUGAUACCUUGGCCUCCCUUCAUCUCUCAGAGACUGAGAAACGCCCUGACAUUGAUGCUGGCUGAAGGCAAUCCAGCUCUAAUGCCUUCCCCUCCACACUGACACACAGGGAAACAGGCUCCAUAGUCUGGACUUUACAUUGCUCAUUGCUCACUCACUGGGGAAGUGGACUGGGUGCUGGUUGUCUGAUUAAGCCCUGCUGACUUCAUCUCCAGCUUGAUAAUGCAUUAUCAGAUGGGUUACCAGCUGCUUAAUGAACUGCCAAACCACAAUGCUGUCCCCUAAGUGCUGUAGUUUCCACAGUCUUUGCUCUAACUUCCUUAGCUCUCUACUGAAGGAUGGGAUUGAGCAUCAACUGCCAGAAGGCAUGAAUUUAUUUCACUCACAUUUCUCUGUGUCAUCAAAACAAAAAUUUUUUUUGUUUUGAUGACACAGAUAAAUGUGAGUGAAAUCCUUUCAGCCCUCAGUGCUCCUCAGGGGCCACGCAGUUACAAUGUGUGCAAAGUCAUUCCUUAUGUUCUAACAUGCAGUUACAAUCUUGCACUGAGAUUUUACCAUUUAAAAAUACAGCAGCAGCGAUCAGAAGGGAAAGAGUAAGUGCUGCCUUUUUGCAGCCCUUUCUUCACAAGGGCAAGAUGUCUCAUUUCAGACAUGUUGGUGAAAAUUUCACUCCACAUGAGUAUGCUUGAGAAGAGGGCUGGGGGCAGUCUAGCCAAGGGCAGAGGCUCUAGGAGCACAGCUCCCUGGAGUGCUGCCCAUUACCCUGGGAUGUUCAUGCUUGCAGUCACUGGGAUGUCUAGGAAGCAGAGGAACCAAACCAAGUUUUAAACAGAACCUUCACCUCAUGCCUCUGCACUGUCUCCAGGAUAGCUUGAGCUGUGAAAAUUAAACUUACCUUGCAGACCCUUUCAACUAUCCAGGACAACAGGUGAAAAAGCACCAGAGCCAACACUGAAAGAAUACAUUUCUCAUAUUAUGAGCUUUCGAAGAUUUUGAUCCAGAUUACUGUUCACAUUCCUAUUCUUGAAACGUAUUAAGUCCUGCUCAGAUGGUUUUAAUAUUAAUAAAAUGUAUUAAGUCCUACUCAGAUGGUUUUAUUUCACUCUUUAUCGAUAUGUAUACAAAUUACAGUAUGUAUGGAUAUAAAAGCAAAUAAAUGGAAAAUAAACACCAGUUUAAAAAUUAUAAAUCAGAAACAAGGGAAACAGGUUUAUUCUACAGCAUGGUAGUUAAAUUAUUUGCAUCAAGCUGAUACUGCUGUUCAUUUUUAACUGUUGUUAUUAACAGCUGUAGAAAAUAAAUUUUCAGUAUUCCAUUUC